AUGAAGAUAGAAAGCCUCUAUAUUAAACAAGAAUAUACAAAUCCUAAUGAGAGAGACAUAGAGAAGUGGAAAUGGUUUGAGGAUGCUAUCGGGGCACUUGAUGGGACUCAUAUCCAAUUAACUAUUCCUUUGGAAGAUCAAAGUAGAUAUCGAAAUAGAAAAGGAGAGAACAGUACAAAUGUACUUGGUGUUUGUGAUGCCAAUUUGAAUUUGAGAUUUUCAUAUGUGCUACCUAGUUGGGAGGGUUCACCUUCAGAUUCUCGUGUUUUGCGUCGGCCCAAUGGCUUGAAACUUCCCUCAAAUAAAUACUUUCUUGUGGAUGCUGGGUAUACAAAUGGGCCGGGGUUUUUGGCACCUUAUCGAGGGACUCGCUAUCAUAUAAAGUCUUGGAGAGAAAAUGGUCCAAGAAACUACAAGGAGUUAUUUAACCAACGUCAUUCCUCUGCUAGAAACACAAUUGAGAGAGCAUUCGGAUUGCUAAAAAAGCGAUGGGCUAUAUUACGGACAACUAGCUUUUAUAGUGUUAAGACUCAAAUUAGGAUCAUUAAUGCAUGUUGUAUUCUUCACAACUUUUUACGUGAAGAGAUGAAUGAAGACGACUUGUUGAAUGAUGUGGAUCGAGAAUUAGAAGAUUCUCCUGUUUUAGAAAUUGAGAAUGUAGAUGAUGAGCGUAUCACCACUGUGAGAGUUACAGAUGAAUGGAGCAACUUUAGAGAUAAUUUAGCUAUGCAAAUGUGGGAUGAAUACCGACUUUAAGAUAAUUUAGCUACAAGAUGGACAUGCAUUCAUCUCUUAUGUUUGUAAUUCAGAUGCUUCUAUCUUUCUUUAUUAUCUUUUGAUGAUUAAUGUGCUUUGCUAAGAAAUGCUUACAUAAUGUUGGUAGUUCUAUAAAUAAUGAACUAGUAUGCUAGUUGACAAUUCUUUUGACAUCUUUUGAGCUUUACCUAU